AAAAGGAAAGAAAAAAAGAACGAAACAAAACAUAGAGAUUUACUGAACUGAGUAAAUAGAAGAGAAGGAGACAGUGUUGUUCAAAAAAAAAAGAAGAGAAGGAGACAGAGUGGUGUGUUCGUCGUCUCUUAUAGAUUUCGGAUGAAACUGUGUUUACACGGGGGUUCUAGUUUAGUAGUUUCUUCCUUCUUCUUUCUUGUAAGCUCGAAAAUAAAAAUUACAUUUGUCUGUAAUUACAAACUGGCGAACUGACCCACUUGCUUCACUUGUCUAUCUUUUUAUUCUUCUUUUCUCCCACAAAAUAAACAAUGGUGUUUGGUGGUUUGAGAAGAGUAAACACUCUGUAAAACGUCAAGUCAUCUCUGAAACUUUAAACAAAUACAUUAGUAAAUGGUUUGAUUCUUCUUCUUGUUGUUGUUGGUUGUUCUCACUAAGUACACUUAAGAAAGAGAUGUUGUCUUUGUGAUGUCACUUUCUGUCGGCAUUGUCUGUGUUCCGACACAACACUCCAUUUUUUCUUCUUCUUCUCGAGUUCUAGAAGAUUUGAUGUUUAAAAGCUCCUCAACUUCUUCUUGAAUUCUCCUUUUGUGAUAUUUAUUCGCCGAUGAAGUAGAGAUCUUUCUUUUUUUUUGUUGAGCAAGUAGAGAUCUUUCUUUAUUACUGGAGAUCUGUCAAAAGAGUCAUCGCAUGGUAGUAAGUAGCUGUUGAGCAUCGAAGAGAGGCUAUUUCGUUUACAAAUGUCAGCAACUCCUGCAGCAGCCAUUGGAGGUGCUGUUGGAGCUCUUGCAUUGAUUGCUCUUUUGUUUCUUGUCCUAUGGUUUUGCAUCUUUCGUCACAAGAAUGCGUCUGAGACAACAGGCUCUUCUGAUCCAUCGUCUCAAGAAGGAAGAAAUGUUGCAAUGGAGUUGUCAAUGAGAGAAUCAAGAAGGUUUGGAAUGGAGGAACUUGCUCAAGCCACCAAGAGUUUCACCAGUAAAAGCCUCAUUGGUACAGGCAAAUUCGGCGAGGUUUACAAAGGUCUGCUUCAAGACGGUGUCCUUGUAGCAAUCAAGAGAAGACACGGUUUGCCUACACAAGAAUUCGUCAACGAGGUUCGGUAUCUAUCGUCUAUCAAGCAUCGUAAUCUUGUUACUCUUUUGGGUUAUUGCCAAGAAAGCAACACUCAGUUUCUUGUCUAUGAGUACGUUCCUAAUGGAAGUGUUUCCUAUCACCUGUACGGUGCUGGUGGAAGUAGGCUAGAGUUUAGAAAUAGGCUUGCCAUAUCUAUAGGAGCAGCUAAAGGACUGGCACAUCUUCACUCACUGAGUCCUAGGUUGAUACACAAGGACUUCAAAACUGCUAAUGUUCUUGUGGAUGAAAACUUCAUUGCUAAAGUUGCGGAUGCAGGAGUCCGUAACUUCUUAGGAAGAGAGGAUGCUGGUACAUCGUCUCACGUUGUUGCUGACCACAUCUUCCUCUCCCCAGAGGUUCAAGAGUUCAGAAGAUAUUCAGAGAAGAGUGAUGUGUAUGCUUUUGGGGUAUUCCUCUUGGAAUUAGUAAGUGGAAGAGAAGCAUCAGAACCAUCCCCUUCAAGUUCAACACAAACUCUUGUCGAAUGGAUGCAAAACAUAACGGAUUACACUGAGAUACCUGCAAUGAUUGAUGAGAGACUAGGUGGUACAUACACAGCAGAGGGAGUGGAGGAGGUUAUUACACUGACACUGAUAUGUCUUGAUGUAUCAAGUGAGAAGAGACCAGCAAUGAGUUAUGUUGUGACAGAGCUUGAGAGAAUAUUGGACAAAGAAGUGAGCUUAACAACAGUAAUGGGUGAAGGUACUCCAACUGUUACUCUUGGAAGUCAGCUUUUUAAAGCAUCAAAGUGAUUAAAAGGAACCACAUUUCUAUUAUGUAUACAUAUAAUUGUAUAAAGAACAGCUGAGCUAUUAUUAUUAUUCAUUUUUUAUUGUUACUUUCUUUGGAGGUUAUUUUCAGCAUUUUUUUUUUUUGAAAAUGAGUGCAGAAAAUGUAACUUUGUAAACACAUUAUUUAUUGAUAUAAUAAAGGAA